UUUUUACCCAGCAUGCACGCAUGCAUGAAAGCCUGAAAGCUUCGAGCGCGCAGCGGCGCAGCAGCACUUGCUCGAAAGUACUGCAAAUCCGUCAGCGUGGCUUUGCCAAUCAAGUGAUGCACUGCAGUGACUCUUGCGCUCGAAAGGAUUAACUACUCUUGGGUGGCAUACUAAUGCGAGCAUGUAAUGGUGAGGCCCCGCAUGUUUGGUGAGCAUGCCGGCCCCCAGCACCGCAGGCAGCAGCCCCAGCGCCAACAGCGCUGGCAGCGCCGGUGGCGGCAACACCAAUGGCCUGGUGGUCUGCAACGAGGCCUGUGGAAUCCGCGAUGUCUGGGCCUCGAACCUGGAGGACGAGUUUCGCACCAUCAUACGUGUGGUCCAGAAGUACAACUACGUUGCCAUGGACACAGAGUUUCCCGGAGUUGUGGCCCGGCCCAUUGGGGAGUUCCGCAGCACAGCAGACUACCAGUACCAGCUACUGCGCUGCAAUGUGGACCUUCUCAAGAUCAUCCAGCUGGGCCUCACCUUUCUCGACGAACAUGGAAACACACCCCCAAAUUACUCCACCUGGCAGUUCAACUUCAAGUUCAGUCUCACGGAGGACAUGUACGCCCAGGAUUCCAUCGACCUGCUUACCAACUCUGGCAUUCAGUUCAAGAAACACGAUGAAGAGGGCAUCGAUCCGUACGAGUUUGCUCAGCUGCUCAUGACAUCAGGAGUGGUCCUCUCUGACAAUGUCAAGUGGCUCUCCUUUCACAGUGGAUACGACUUUGGCUACAUGCUGAAGUUACUAACAGACCAAAACCUGCCUAUGGAUGAGUCAGAGUUCUUCGAGUUGUUGCGAAUCUACUUUCCGGCGAUCUACGAUGUCAAGUACCUCAUGAAAAGUUGCAAGAACCUGAAAGGGGGCCUGCAGGAGGUGGCUGAGCAGCUGGAGCUUGAACGGAUUGGGCCACAACACCAGGCGGGCAGUGACAGCUUGCUUACCGGUGCGGCCUUCUUCAAGAUGCGAGAAAUGUUCUUUGAGGACAACAUAGAUGAUGCCAAGUACUGUGGCCACCUGUACGGCCUGGGCACAUCCUAUGUCAUGAACGGCAACUCUUACCACGACGAGGCAACCCCAAACAACGUGGCACUGCCUGCAGCCGCCGCCCAGCCCACACCCACCUCCACCAACUCUGCAUCUUGACAUGCCUGCCACUACUACAGUGUUGCCCACUCUCCAAAAGUUCCUCUCUAGCCGUUCCUUCUCCGCAGUCUGUCACUCUAACAUUGGGAAAGGUGGCUGGUGAAUAGAACACGUUUUUAUAGCUGUGAAAAUUUUGUUCAUUUCACAAGAGUUUAUUUAAUAGGGCUGCAUGUACAGGAAAAUGCUUGUGUGCCAGUGUGGCCACAUGGGACAUUUUAUAUUUCAGCAAAAUGGCUAUUUCUUCUAUACAUAGAUUCAUGUUCCCUUAUGAUGUGCAGUAAAUCACUCAUUCAAGGCAAAUGCUGUGCACCACUCAUUUGAAUACAUGCCAUGUCGUAGCGUGUAUUAGUGUGGCACAUGUAAGAAAGAAAACACGACGCACACAUAGAGACAGGUGCGUCGUGUUAUAUGUGCCGUGCUAAUACAUGCUACAAUUAUGGAUGAACAACUUGCCCGAGCAUCAACCCUUCUGGCUGUGCCACAUAAGCUGGCUUCCAAUUGCAACCAAAUAAACAGUCAGAUAUGGUAUGGUACAUUCACCACUGAACGUUUUUCAAUUUAGCAUUUACCCCAGUAAAAAUAAAAUUCUUUUGGGAACGACACAGAGCGCGCAUGUGAGGUGCUGAGACACAAAAGACUGAUCUGUGCAUUUUCACCUACGAAGAGCACCUUGGCCGCUUUGCUGGUCGAGUGCUAUCAAAACCUUUGAUGGCCACUUUCGUCUGCACUUGCAGUGCCGUGCUAAUACAUGCUACAAUUAUGGAUGAACAACUUGCCCGAGCAUCAACCCUUCUGGCUGUGCCACAUAAGCUGGCUUCCAAUUGCAACCAAAUAAACAGUCAGAUAUGGUAUGGUACAUUCACCACUGAACGUUUUUCAAUUUAGCAUUUACCCCAGUAAAAAUAAAAUUCUUUUGGGAACGACACCGAGCGCGCAUGUCAGGUGCUGAGACACAAAAGACUGAUCUGUGCAUUUUCACCUACGAAGAGCACCUUGGCCGUUUUGCUGGUCGAGUGCUAUCAAAACCUUUGAUGGCCACUUUCGCCUGCACUCGCAGAAAAUAUUGGAAUGCAGAACCUGUGACUACACUUUUCACUAAAUGUGUUGCGUGGCUGGUAUUUCUAGCUUUCUCCACAUUCAACAAUCAAUAGAACCUUACUUGCUUCAUUAUACGAACCUUUUGUUCUUCUCUUCGCUUCAAGAAAGAAAUUGAGCAAUGGUAUAUCUGUGGUCUCUUACACUGCUUUUUUAUUGCAAACAGAAACCUAUGAAUGUCCACCUGCCAUUGUCAGACUACCACUGUGUUUGUUGCUGCUUUACAGUUUUUAGUGUAAUCACCAGAUUUUAGAUCUUCGCAAACGGGGUCUUCUUUACAGUGGUGCUGGUUACUGUGUGUGUCGUGGAAAAAUGAUCAGGCUGUAACUGCCUGCCGUUGUGACAGUUUUAAGGAUGUGAUUUUACCAUACUAAGUCAAACGCACAACAGGCAAUCUUCCUCCUCGAUGCAUAUUGGGCCUCACCUCCCUUUGCCACUCUGCACACAAGCUAUGCAGUGCUUAUGUCCAGCCAACCUUUUGGGAUUUCACACUUUUCUAUUGCACAAAACUGCUUUUUAAUAAAACUAUUAGUGCAUACAAGGUGUACAAAGCCACUGAUGUCCACCAUAUGCCUCCUUUUUAAAGUUGUGUGCAGUUUUCAUUGGAAGCCACUGCAUGCACAGACUGACAUUUGGAGAGAGGGAGCCACUGUGGUGCAAUGUCGUUUUUAGUGAAAAAUGAUGUAUGUUGUAAAUAAAUGAAACUUGUGCAUUAAAGGCUGUCUGAACAU